AGGGGAAGAAGGUCCCUGGGGGUUCAGGGAGUCGAUCCAGCAACAUCUCCAAGGCAAGUAACUCUACAACAGUACCAAUUGCAGCCUCAAGGACAUCAAUCACAACAUCUUCUCAGGACAUAUGCAGUUCUGGUCACUGACUCGCUUAGAAGAAGAUGUUUCUGUAUUAUAUAAACACGGCAAACACACAGCUGUGAUGACCAUCAACAGCAUGGCGCUGGAUUCGUCGUCUCGGUCCCAAAAGAAGCAGGUGAAGCAGCGACAUCGCCAUAAGAAAAAAAACUGCACAGGAUUCGACUGUGUGGAAAAAACACAACGCAGACAGACCGCAGUGAUCUCAGCUCCGACCGUAGUGAGGUGAGGACGCAGUCCUUCAUGAGCUGGAGGGAACUCCCACCACGUCUCUGCCGCUCUGGUGCUUUUCAUUCAGAUUCCAGCUCUGAGGACGAGGUGUGGUGUGAAGCCCGCAGCUGGAGCAAGGAGAAAGCCAGAAGAGCACGGCGGCGCAGCGAAGGUAGCCGCGAGAGGGAUGGAGCCAAUGUGGAGAAGGGGCAGGAGCGCAGGACAGAGAUCACUGAGAUCAUAGAGCUUCAGUCGAUGGGGUCAAGCAAAGGGAUGGAGGACGACGCUCUGGUGAAGGAGAACGGCAGCCUGAAGAAGCGGCACAGCAGCAAGAGCUCUGUGAAGAAUGAUGACCACAAGCUGCAAAGGGAAGGAGAUAAGGAAGGCUACAAGUCAGGGGGAAGCUCCUCUGUGGGGAGGAUGUGUGGAGCGAAUCACCAAAUGCUACCAGGAGAAAGUGUCAUACAGCGAGAACAGGGUCUGUGCACUCACCGCAGGCACACUGUGGCAUGAAUGGUGGCACAGUCAGGCUUUACCUCUGAGUCAGAGCUGGAGGUUUGCAGGAUCUGCCACUGCGAGGGGGACGAGGAGUGCCCGCUCAUCAUGCCGUGCCGGUGCACAGGGAGCUUGAGUUUUGUCCACCAGGCCUGUCUCAACCAGUGGAUCAAGUCCUCCGACAGGCGCUGCUGUGAACUCUGCAAGUACGACUUCAUCAUGGAGACCAAGUUGAAACCCUUACGCAAGUGGAAGCGUCUGCACAUGUCGAAGAGCGAGUGGAGGAAGAUCUUAUGUUCAGUGCUGUUUCACCUGAUAGCCAUUGUGUGUAUGUUGUGGUCCGUCUACAUUCUGGUCAAGAGAACUGCUGAAGAGAUCCGACUCGGCAAGAACGACAACCUUUGGAGAAUUUCUCUUCUGAAGUACCAUAGAGCGGAUGGUAUUCUGGAGUGGCCCUUCUGGACUAAGUUCAUCGUGGUGGGCAUCGGCUUCACAGGCGGCCUCUUCUUCAUGUACAUCCAGGGCAAAGUCUACCUGCAGCUGUGGCGCCGCCUCAAGGCCUUCAACUGCAUCAUCAGCGUGCAGAACUGCCCCGAGAAAAACCACCCGCCCCCCUGCCAGGCCCGGCCUAGCGUGCCGAUGAACGGGAAGGUCGACCCCGUGGUGGUUCCAGUUAUCGCGGCGCCUGCCCCGGCUUCAGAGGCACUGAUGGACUCGGACCAGUCAGUGGAAGCUGCUGUGGCUCCAGUACAAAACCCCAUCUGACAGAAUCCCCUCCAGAGUCC